CAGCAGGGUCAGAAGGGAGGUGGUCGCCCUCCGUCGUGGCCUGGCGUGGAUUCCGAGCGUUGGUGUCUGGCGGUUUCCGACCGUUGGUGUCUGGCACGCGCCACCCCGAUGUACCAGGCACGGCAGGAGCGGCGGCCCAGCACUCGGCACUGGCCACUUGCAGACAAGAAGACAAGAAAAUGAUUUGAGGACAGCUUCAAUCGCGGUGUGAAGAAGAAAGCAGCAAAACGACCACUGAAAACAACGCCGGUGGCAAAACAUCCAAAGAAAGGGUCCCAAGCGGUACAUCGUCAUAGCUGGAAACAGUCAGAGCCACCAGCCAAUGAUCUUUUCAAUGCUGCGAAAGCUGCCGAAAGUGACAUGCAGAUGACUGAGAGUCUUCAGUUACUAGAUCCAGACACGGGGACUGCAGAGAAAGGCUGUGUGCAUCCGCUGUCUACUCCACUGUCUCCUCUGCAGAGGCGGAUUUCCCUGACUGAAGACCAUGUUGCAGGCCCACAGCUGCCUACAGGCCCUCUGGGCAACCGUCCCAAAAUAUGGCAAAGAAACCUAUUCUGAGAGAUAGGGUCUCACCAUGUUGCCCAGGCUGGUCUUGAACUCCUGGACUCAUCCUAAAGUGCUGGCCUCUCAUUCCCUGUCUGUGCACACCUCACGGCAAGGGCCAGCCCGUUUCCUCCCGGUCACCUCCAAAUCUUGCUGCUUUUAAUUCAACUCAGAGCCCUAGCCAGGGUUGAGUUCUCACCCACCUGUGCCGCCCUGCCUUGUUACCUGGAAGCUCAGCCUUGGGGACUGAGCAGGCCCUCACUGUCACUUUAAGAAGGGAUUCAGCCACUUUGUGCUCACCACCUCUGGGGAAGGUGUGAGAGGAGAGAAGGAAGUGGCUGUUUGGCUGCUGACAAUAUGAAGACUUCCUGUGAUGAGAACAGAGGCACAGGUGCCGGCCCUGCAGCCCCCAGAACCCGGACUGGAGGGGGCCAUGGGGCGCCGGACCCUGGCCCUGCCCUGGGUGCUGCUGACCCUGCGUGUCACUGCGGGGACCCCGGAGGUGUGGGUGCAAGUUCGGAUGGAGGCCACCGAGCUCUCGUCCUUCACCAUCCGUUGUGGGUUCCUGGGGUCUGGCUCCAUCUCCCUGGUGACUGUGAGCUGGAGGGGCCCCGAUGGUGCUGGGGGGACCACGCUGGCUGUGUUGCACCCGGAACUUGGCAUCCGGCAAUGGGCCCCUGCUCGCCAGGCCCGCUGGGAAACCCAGAGCAGCGUCUCUCUUGCUCUGGAAGUCUCUGGGGCCAGCAGCCCCUGCGCCAACACCACCUUCUGCUGCAAGUUUGCGUCCUUCCCUGAGGGCUCCUGGGAGGGCUGUGGGAGCCUCCCGCCCAGCUCAGACCCAGGGCUCUCUGUCCCGCCGACUCCUGCCCCCAUUCUGCGGGCAGACCUGGCCGGGAUCUUGGGGGUCUCAGGAGUCCUUCUCUUUGACUGUGGCUACCUCCUUCAUCUGCUGUGCCGACAGAAGCACCGCCCUGCCCCUAGGCUCCAGCCAUUCCACACCAGCUCCCAGGCACUGAGAGCACGAGCAUGGGCACCCAGCCAGGACUCCCAGGCUGCUCUCCACGUCCCUUAUGCCACUGUCAACACCAGCUGCUGCCCAGCUACUUUGGACACAGCUCACCCCCGACGGGGGGCUGUCCUGGGAGGCUUCCUCAGGAUCUCGAACCUGUGGAAGGAGGACCAGUCUGUGUACUUCUGCCAAGUCCAGCUGGACAUACAGAUCAGGGAGGCUGUCGUGGCAGUCCAUCAAGGGGACCCACCUCACCAUCACCCAGGGACUGAAUCUGGGGUGCAGCAGAGCACAGACUCAGGCCCGCCUUUCCUCUCCCUGAAAGAGCCUGCGCUGGCCUUGGACAGAGAAAGGGAUGAGAAGGCCCCUCUCCUGCCUGGACAGCUCUGCUGGUCUCCCCGUCCCCUGGAGAAGAACAAGGCCAUGGGUCGGCCCCUGCUGCUGCCCCUGCUGCCCCUGCUGCUGCCCCUGCUGCUCCUGCUGCUGCCGCCAGCAUUUCUGCAGCCUGGUGGCUCCACAGGAUCUGGUCCAAGCUACCUUUAUGGGGUCACUCAACCAAAACACCUCUCAGCCUCCAUGGGUGGCUCUGUGGAAAUCCCCUUCUCCUUCUAUUACCCCUGGGAGUUAGCCACAGCUCCCGACGUGAGAAUAUCCUGGAGACGGGGCCACUUCCACGGGCAGUCCUUCUACAGCACAAGGCCGCCUUCCAUUCACAAGGAUUAUGUGAACUGGCUCUUUCUGAACUGGACAGAGGGUCAGAAGAGCGGCUUCCUCAGGAUCUCAAACCUGCGGAAGGAGGACCAGUCUGUGUAUUUCUGCCGAGUCGAGCUGGACACCCGGAGAUCAGGGAGGCAGCAGUUGCAGUCCAUCAAGGGGACCAAACUCACCAUCACCCAGGCUGUCACAACCACCACCACCUGGAGGCCCAGCAGCACAACCACCACAGCCGGCCUCAGGGUCACAGAAAGCAAAGGGCACUCAGAAUCAUGGCACCUAAGUCUGGACACUGCUAUCAGGGUUGCAUUGGCUGUCGCUGUGCUCAAAACUGUCAUUUUGGGACUGCUGUGCCUCCUUCUCCUGUGGUGGAGGAGAAGGAAAGGAUUUGAAGUCAGGCCGGUCACAGUGGCUCACACCUGUAAUCCCAGCACUUUUGGAAGUCGAGGUCAGCAGCGGACUAAAGCCACAACCCCAGCCAGCUGAGUGCUGGGCCUCCCCAAGGGAGUGGGGAGUACAGGUGCGGGCAGGGGACGGGUUUGGAAAUCAGGGACUGUGCUGCUAAGAACCCCACAAGCCCAGCCUGCCACAAAUUCUCCUGAGUUUUUGCCACCACCCACUUAAAUCUGAUCUCUGAAGCAACUGCCUCGCCUGCCUCACUGUAAUAAUCCUGGCCCUGCAUCUAAAAACACUUCCCCUCCUGCAGAUAGCAGGGCGCCAAGCAGUGACUUCUGACCAACAGAGUGUGGGGAGAAGGGAUGUGUAUUAGCCCCGGAGGACGUGAUGUGAGACCCGCUUGUGAGUCCUCCACACUGGUUCCCCAUUGGCAAGAUACAUGGAGAGCACCCUGAGGACCUUUAAAAAGGCAAAGCCGCAAGGCAGAAGGAGGCUGGGUCCCUGAAUCACCGACUGGAGGAGAGUUACCUACAAGAGCCUUCAUCCAGGAGCAUCCACACUGCAAUGAUAUAGGAAUGAGGUCUGAACUCCACUGAAUUAAACCACUGGCAUUUGGGGGCUAUUUAUUAUAGCAGUGCUAAGAGUUCCUUUAUCCUCCCCAAGGAUGGAAAAAUACAAUUUAUUUUGCUUACCAUACACCCCUUUUCUCCUCGUCCACAUUUUCCAAUCUGUAUGGUGGCUGUCUUCUCCUAUGGCAGAAGGUUUUGGGGAAUAAAUAGCGUGAAAUGCUGCUGACA